GGCGGGGCGUGCAGGAAAGGGAGGCAUGGCGUGCGGCUUCCGUAGGUCGAUCGCCUGUCAGGUACUGUCUGGAGCGAGCCGGCGGGAGCCAGGGCCGGAGGAUGCUGCCUAGGCCGGCUCUGCCUCCUCCCUGAGCUGCGGAGUGGGAAGACCCUCGAGAGCACUGGGUGCUCCCUGUCUUCUCAUUUCCCGUUCUUCAUGCUUUAACCUGGGCGGACUGACCAUGGGCCAUAAUAAGACCCUGUAGAAAUUAAUGUUCCUCGUUCGUUUAUACUAUUUAUUUGCUCUCAUGAAUAACCUGACAGUAUAUACCUCGAAUAAGAAACUUUGUAGCUUAGUAAACCUGUAGACCAUGUUCUCCUGAGAAAAGCUCUAAAUCCAGUCUUGGAGACCAUUGAAUAAAAUAGGUGAUUUAAAAUUCAUGCUAAGGGCUGCGGAGAUGGCUCCGUGGGUGAAGUACCUGAUAUACAAGCAUGAGUCCCUGAGUUCGAAUUUCCAGAACCUAUGUAGAAAAACCUGCAUGGCUAAGGAAGUCUGAAACCACACUUCUGGGAGGUGGAAACAAACAGAUGGAGCCAGCUCCUGGUUCAGCUUUCCAGAGUAUUGGCUCUUCCACCAGAAAGCUUGAUCAAGUCAAUAUCUGCUGUUCCAGUUUCAAAAAAAGAAGAAGUGGCAGACUUUCAGCUUUCUGUGGAUUCCUUACUAGAAGACAACAAUCACAAGUCACAGCUAGACACUCAAGAUCAAGCCAGGAGACUGGUAGAGAAGCUUAAGUGUGAUACAGUAGUGACAGCCAUCAGUGCUGGUCCAAGGACUCUAAAUUUCAAAAUAAACAGAGAAUUAUUAACCAAGGCAGUGUUACAACAAGUAACUGAAGAUGGCUCUAAAUAUGGGUUAAAAAGUGAGCUUUUCUCAGAUCUCCCUCAGAAGAGGAUUGUGGUUGAAUUCAGUUCACCUAAUAUUGCUAAAAAAUUCCAUGUUGGACAUUUGCGUUCCACCAUUAUAGGAAAUUUUAUAGCAAAUCUAAAAGAAGCUUUAGGGCAUCAAGUAACAAGAAUAAAUUACAUUGGAGAUUGGGGCAUGCAAUUUGGGUUGCUGGGAACUGGUUUCCAGCUGUUUGGCUAUGAAGAGAAACUCCAGGCCAAUCCUUUACAGCAUCUCUUUGAUGUUUAUGUACAAGUUAAUAAAGAAGCGAUGGAUGAUAAAAAUGUAACAAAAUCAGCACACGAGUUCUUCCACCGACUAGAACUGGGUGAUACGCAGGCACUGUCACUGUGGCAGAGAUUCCGGGACUUGAGCAUUGAAGAAUACACCCAGAUUUACAAGCGUCUUGGAAUAUACUUUGAUGAAUAUUCAGGAGAAUCAUUUUAUCGUGAAAAAUCUCAAGAUGUCUUAAAGUUGCUUGACAGCAAAGGACUUCUACAGAAAACAGAAAAGGGAAACGUCGUAGUAGAUCUCUCCGGGACUGGCGACCUCUCUUCUGUCUGCACCGUAAUGCGAAGUGACGGGACUUCUCUCUAUGCAACCAGGGACCUUGCAGCUGCUAUACAUCGCAUGGACAAGUACAAUUUUGACACAAUGAUUUAUGUCGCAGACAAAGGGCAAAAAAGGCAUUUUCAGCAAGUGUUCCAAAUGCUGGAGAUCAUGGGCUAUGACUGGGCAGAAAGGUGCCAGUAUGUACCCUUUGGAGUAGUAAAGGGAAUGAAGACUCGAAGAGGAGAUGUCACUUUUCUGGAAGAUGUCUUAAAUGAGGUUCAAUCAAGGAUGCUACAGAACAUGGCUUCUAUUAAGACAACAAAAAAAAUGGAAAACCCUCAGGAGACUGCAGAGAGGGUGGGGCUUGCAGCUCUCAUCAUCCAGGACUUCAGAGGCUUGCUCUUAUCCGACUAUCAGUUCAGUUGGGAUCGUGUUUUCCAGAGUCGUGGAGACACUGGAGUCUUCCUGCAGUAUACCCAUGCCCGCCUCUGUAGUCUGGAAGAGACUUUUGGAUGUGGGUAUCUCAACGACUUCAAUGUUGCUUGUUUGCAAGAGCCACAGUCUGUUUCCAUUCUCCAGCAUCUUCUCAGGUUCGAUGAGGUACUUUAUACAUCAUCUCAGGACCUACAGCCAAAGCACAUCGUUAGUUACCUCUUAACUCUAAGUCACCUUGCAGCUGUGGCACAUAAAACACUCCAAGUGAAAGACAGUCCUCCUGAUGUGGCUGCGGCCAGACUUCAUCUUUUCAAAGCUGUUCGUUCUGUCUUAGCCAAUGGAAUGAAACUUCUUGGAAUUACACCUGUAUGUAGAAUGUAAUUUCUAGAUAAAGUAUGUUUUUAUGCAAAUAAGUUCUAGUUGUUAUCAGAUGCCUUGCUGUUCAGAAUAGAAUUUAAAGUAUUAUUCUGUCCAAGAAUGUGUGUAGUAGAGUGUGUUUGUUUUGAGCUUUUUUUGGGGGGGAGG